CUGCCUAGAAACUCGAGUUCCCGAAGGUGUUGCAAUUGAUUUCCCAGCAAAAAGAUGUAAUUGCAGCAAUAUGUGGGUGUUCAAAGAGUGAGUGACUGUGCCAGGAGAUGCUCUAGUGUCCUGUCUCGCGAUUGCCAGUGAAUAUUUUCCCACAGUGCGCAGCAGAUCGUGAGAAUAGUGCAGUGUCUUUUUUCUCCUCGGGAGGUCAACUGAGGUGUUGUUCGACCGCAGUGACUGUGGUGAUGGACUCACAGGGAAAUUCAGCGGACCAGGAGAGCGCCCAGUGCACGGUAUCACGCGAGAGUCCUGACUCUGCGAGGCAGAAUGCACCGAAGCGAAAGCACGAGGAUGACGAGGAGGAUGAGCGACGCGCGAAGGCUGGCUGCCAGAGGGACUCACCUGAUGCGGCUGGCGAGGAGCCAAAGCCUGACGCGACAGAUUCCGACUUGGCUGAGAUCCUGAAGCAGGGAGUGCCUAUGGAGAAGCCUAUCAAUUUGGCUGAGAUCUUGCCAAGCUCCUCAAGCCUGGAAUCUGCUCAGGAUGUCGCAGGGGAAAAUGCUGAGGCGGCGAAAUUAACCCAUGACUUCGAUAUUUCCGAGAAGCUGAGGGAAAUGGGAGAGAUCAGCGUCCAGCCAGUGUCCAAGAGUGACGCCAAGAAGCCGGCUGAGACGGAGAGCAAGGACGAAGUGUCGGUGGAGAUCACGAAAAAGGGCGGAGAUGAGUCUGAGGACAAGAGGAAGGUGACAAACCUCAGGAAGAACAUUCGCGAGGUGAUGGACGACAAUCAGCUGGAUGCCUCGACUCUUGCCGCUCAGCGUGAGGAGUUGGAGCGUCUGGCUCGUGUGCAGGAGCAGCAGAAGAUCAUCCGGGCGGUGCAGAGGCAGAUCGAUGCUGAGAAGCAGAACAGCAAGAUGCAAUCUAAAGUGCUCUCACUGCUGCAAGGCCACACAUCGUUGCUCAAGUCGUCUGCUGGUCAGACUAGUGUGGCAGGAACCAGUGGAGGUGCAGUUCUGAUGAAGGUACCUUCCGUCGAGCCAAAACCUCGCGUAACAAAUCUCACGCCAUCCGUCAGUAUCGCUCCUGUUCGUGGUCCGCAGAUGCGGAGGGAUGUGCUUGAUGAGGAGGAGGAGGAGCGCGAGAUGAAGAUCAAUGCCCAAAUCGAGGCAGAAGAAGCGGCUGAGAAGGAAGCGCUGCAGAAUGCUAGAAAGGAGGUGGUAACUAUCGUGGACAGCAGUUCGGAGGACGAUUGUAUCGUGCUAUCGGACGAUGAUGAAGAAGAAGAGGAGACAGAUGAAGAUCCCCACAAUAGUGGAUUGCACGUGAAGGAUCAGUACAAUGUGCCCGAUGACCAGGGACGCGUUAUCAUCAACAUUGGCCAUCCGGAGAAUGAGCCUGACGUGUUUGUGGCGCCUCAGAUUUCGCGAGUGAUCAAACCCCACCAGAUUGGGGGAGUGAGAUUCCUGUAUGACAACAUUAUUGAGAGUCUGGAUCGCUUCGAGACGUCGACGGGAUUCGGGUGUAUUCUGGCCCAUUCGAUGGGCCUGGGCAAGACGCUGCAGUUAGUUUGUUUCUGUGAUAUAUUCCUAAGGCACACGAGCUCCAAGACUGUGUUAUGCAUCAUGCCGGUGAACACGCUGCAGAAUUGGAUAGCGGAGUUCAACAUGUGGUUGCCGGAGAAUGCUGAGAAGACACCUCUGGCUGCCCAUGGAGAGGUGAGGGCGCGCAACUUCAAGAUACACGUUCUCAAUGACUCACACAAGAGUCUCUCGGCGCGCUCGAAGGUGGUGCUGGGCUGGGUCCGCGAUGGAGGUGUCCUUAUGAUAGGUUACGAGAUGUUCAGGUUGCUGAGCAUGAAGAAGAUGACGAAGAAGAGGAGCAAGAAGGCGGAAAAUGAUGCAAAGCUGUAUCAGGAACAGUCUGAGGCUCACAAACAUCUGCUGGACGAGAUGUACGAGGCUCUGGUGAAACCCGGGCCGGACCUGGUGGUGUGCGAUGAGGGACAUCGCAUUAAGAACUCCCAUGCGAGCAUUUCGGUGGCGCUGAAGCAGAUCAAGUCCAGAAGACGCAUUGUUCUCACGGGCUAUCCACUGCAGAACAAUCUAAUGGAGUAUUGGUGCAUGGUGGACUUUGUGCGACCGAACUAUCUGGGCACGAAGACCGAGUUUGCCAAUAUGUUUGAGCGCCCCAUUCAGAAUGGACAGUGCAUCGAUUCCACACCAAAUGACAUCAAGCUGAUGAGAUAUCGCGCUCAUGUGCUGCAUUCCCUGCUGCUGGGCUUCGUGCAGCGUCGAUCUCACAUGGUGCUGCAAUGCAGCCUGCCGCAGAAGGAAGAGUACGUGCUUCUGGUGCGGAUGACAGAAUUCCAGCGGAAGCUCUAUGACGUCUUUAUGAAUGAUGUUGUGCGAACAAAGUCUGUGCCCAAUCCGCUGAAGGCAUUUGCCGUGUGUUGCAAGAUCUGGAAUCAUCCGGAUGUGCUGUAUAAUUUUCUGAAGAAGCGCGAAGCGGAUCUGGAUCUCGAGAUUGAGGUGGCUGAGGCGGCUAACGGGGAGGCGAAUGUGGGCAAGAAGGGGGCGUCGCCGAAGAAACCAAGAGGCAAGAAGUUAAGUAACACCACAAAGACGAUAGAUAUGGAUGGAAAGAUGAAACCAGCGGCAACUAUUCUGCCAACAACAAAUUCCACGGUGAAUUCGGUGAGUUCUCAAGAGAAGCCGACGACUGUAACUGCAGCGACGCCUCAGGUUCAGACAGUUGCGGAUACUUCACAAGCGCCAAAGAUAGAAUCUGGCUUGCCAGAGACGAAAGUGGAGAAGAAUUCACCGAAUUACAAGCCACCAGAGCAGAACUACAUGGUUGAUCCAAACAAGCAGAUGCUAAACUAUCCAAACUACAAUCACUACCCAAAUACGUAUGAUAAUUACGGUCAAUACCCACAGCAGGAUGUUAAACCAUAUCAGAACAUGUACGGAAAUCAGCAGAAUCUACAAUCUGGCUACUAUCAGAACCAAACUUACGCAGAUAAUUACAAUUACAAUCCAAAUGCAAAUAUGCAAUACGACCAAGGAAAUUACUGGCAAUCGAGCAAUUAUUAUCAGAACAAUAGUCAACCUUACAAUCAGAGUUAUGGCAAUUAUGAUAAUCAAUACAGAGACAAUAGAGCGUACAUGAUGGAACAGCAGAGUCCAGCUCAACAGCCAACGCCACUCUCAUAUGGUAAUCACUAUCCCUACAAUGCGCCACAAGAUAACGCAAAUGAAGCCUCGGGGGAGAUAAAGGCGGAAAAGACGCCGAGUGAUGACCAAUCAUCGGCUAUCGUGGAUAUGGACACAAAAGAGAUAAAGCUCGAGGCCAAAAGCGCCUUGCCGGAGGUCGAUGAAGUAACAUCCGGUGAGAAGGAGGACGAGGGCGCAAAGGAGGUGAAGGAGGACGUUGUUGAGGAGUGUGAGAAGGAAAGUGUGAAGUCAUCGAGGGAUGAUGUGAUUCCGUAUGAUUGGGCUGUAGAGCUAAUGAAAGGCUAUGUAGCGGAUUUGCUGGAGAAUGCACCAAAGAUGCAGAUCUUCUUCUGUAUUCUCGAGGAGAGUCUGAAACUGGGAGACAGGAUUCUUGUCUUCAGCCAGAGUCUCCUGACACUUAAUCUAAUUGAGAAAUUCCUGCAAAUGACUACACUGACAGGGACUGACAUCAAAUGGGCGAGGAACACAAAUUACUAUCGAUUGGAUGGCUCAACGAGUGCUCUUGAUCGAGAGAAAUUAAUCAACGAAUUCAACUCUAAUCCCAACAUUCAACUGUUUCUCGUGUCAACAAGGGCCGGUUCGUUGGGCAUUAAUCUCGUGGGAGCGAAUAGAGUGAUUGUUUUUGACGCUAGCUGGAAUCCUUGUCACGACACUCAAGCGGUUUGUCGGGUGUACAGAUAUGGACAGAAGAAGCCCUGCUUCGUUUAUCGUUUGGUCAUGGACAAUUGCCUGGAGAAGAAGAUAUAUGAUCGUCAAGUGAACAAACAAGGAAUGUCUGACCGUGUUGUGGAUGAGUGCAAUCCCGAUGCUCAUCUAUCAAUCAAAGAGGUGACGAGUCUCUGUUGGGAUGAUGAAAAGGAUUCGGAGGAGAAGGAUUUUGGGUACUGCAAGGACAAAUUUAUUGAUUUAGUGAUGCAGAAGAUUAUUGAUGGCUACUCGAAAAUCCUCUCGAAAGAACCCUUUCAGCAUGAGAGUCUCCUUGUUGAUAGGAAGGAGAAGAAGCUCUCACAGGCAGAAAAGAGACUCGCUCAGAGGGGAUAUGAGCUGGAGAAGCAAGCCUCUGCUCGUCCGAAUUACGCCUACAACAACGUAGGGACGCAGUAUAGAGCCAUUAGGACCCCUGACGGAUCCAUUGUUCAUCGUCCGGUGGCUUCUGUUCGCCCAAUGCAGUCGGUUAUGAACGAUCCGAAUUACCGGCAGAAUAUGAUGAAUCGGCAAACACGGUGGAUUCCGGCUGAAGUGUGGCAGAGACAAGGCAUGACGGCUCAGGAAAUGACUCUUCCGCUGGACGUUGUCAUUCCCACCAGUUCCGCUGAGAAGUCCAACAUUGUCCUGAAAGCUGGUCAGAAGGUGAUGGUUCUGAAGUCUCCUAAAGGCAUCUACAUGCAGUUGGAGACAGGGAAAAUAAUCGCCAUCAGGACAGCGUUCAAAGUGAAUCACGGGAAGGAUGGGAAACAUGACGCCGAUGGGGGGAAUCGCGUUAAGACUCCGGUGGGGGCGGAAAUUAGUGACAGUGAAUCCAUGGCUCUGGUCGGUCAGAAUGCCCAUGCUGCUGGCGAGAGGGACAGAGUGAUUGACUUGGAUAAGGAUGGUGGGAAUGAGAGUGAAUCGAUGGACGAUUAUCAGGGUGUGAAGGCAAAGUCUGAUGAGAAGAGCCCUGAACUGAUGAGAGCAAACAAUCCGUAUGGUGUGAAUAAAUUCAUGGGGCAAAAUUUGCCGCCCAAUCAAGGUGGUUUUGCAGAUUCGGGCAAUGCCACCGUCACACCGGCGAAUGCUAAUGAGACAAUCAAUCAAAGUGCUAUGAAUCACAAUUACCAGCCGUUUCCACCUGCCGUGCAGCCUCCGGGGAAGAUUGAUGGGGAAAUUAAGGGGAGCAAUGGUCCUGAAUUGGAUAAAAACACUGACGACGUGAUUAUGCUGUCACCUGAGCCUGGAGAGACGACAGAGCCGGCAAAGCGUUCCAUGGCUGCGCCAUAUGAGGCUGCUCCAUAUGGGAGUCAAGCGUAUCAUCAAUAUCCGCCGUAUCAGCAACACAAUCAGCACUACAGUGCUUAUGGGAAUCAGGGACAACAACAGUAUUACUCAUCCCAUCAUCAAAUGGGUCAUCCACCGCCAAAUCCGUACAAUGCCGCCAUGCAAAUGCCUCCGGCCAAUCCUUCAGCCACUCAGACGUCUCUCUCAAGUAACUUACCUCAGGGUACGCCUCAGGGAGCGAGUCAGAAUACAAUGGUGCCACCAACAAUUACCAUUGAUGAUGAUGAUACUGAGCCUAUCAUGAGGCAGAAAGUGGUGUACAAGCCAAACCUCGUGAGCAGGAAUAAGAAACCACCUCCCAGCACUCCUCCUCAGUCGUACGGUGCUGGUGUGAAUCCGCAGCAGAACUACACGCCUCAACCUGUGCAGAAUGCAGCGUAUGGAAGCAUGACACCAAAAAGUGGCUAUCGAAUGAGAUCGCCAGUGAAUCACCAUGGCAUGCCUCACACAUCUCAAUCCCCUCACAUGUCGCCGUACUACAAGCAGGGAUCAUCCUAUCGUCCGCCAAGUAACUCCUACGACACUUACGGAAGUCCCAGCGGAGACUUUCAACCGAGUAGCUUGAGUUGUCUAGAGCGCACGACAUCAUCCAUUGACGAGUCAAAGUCAAUGUACAAAGCAUCACUGUCGAAUAUUACCAAUAGUGCUCCACUGAGUCCACCAGGCGCACCGCCAUCUCAGACAACAUCUCCUGGAGCUGUGUCGAAGAGUGGCUCACGCGGGCCAAAGCCCAGGAAUCGUAGAAAAGCCAAUAGUAAGAGUCCAGCGCUGCCACAAAGUGUGUCUGAGGCGAAGCCGGGCUCACCGGCGAGGAAGGUGACGACGCCAAAAUCGCCAAAGGGAGCUAAUGGGCCGAGUGAAGUUGUGGGAAGUGCUCAAAAUCAAGCUAUCGGACAGCAACAUCUCAUGCCAGGGCAAUAUAAUCCAAGUCAUCCUCCGUAUUACACAACACCACUCGAGAGCAGCACUUACCAGAGUCAGCCGGCGCAUCAAGUGGACUCGAGGAGUCCCAAGAGUACAGCCACACCGGGACAAUCUCAAUAUGGAGGUCACUUUAAUCAAUCGGCCGUGCCACAAGUUCCUGCUAUUGAGACUCCCGCCUAUUCAGCUCCUGUGAGUGCUCCUGACACUACAAUCCCUGCGAAUUCAACUUACGCAGCACCGCAGCAAUCGAGUUAUGCGCCCUUCGAUGCUUCAUAUGCGCCUCCUGUCACUGGAUCGGCGUUUCAUCGUCCUGAAAAUGCACCCUCUUACACAACUCCUGCUCCGAAUCAUCAUCACGAUACGGGGCACUUGGCGGUGCAGAAUCAGUACGCCAGUGGACAGUAUCAAUCGUCUUAUAUGACACCGCAGCAGACCUCGUAUGCGUACAAUCCUCCGCCUGGCGGCUACUAUCCUCCCGCUCCGGCUGCAACACAUUCCUACCCAUCCACAGGCGAGUACGAUCCCUCUCGAUAUCAACCUCCCCUGCCGCCCGUCCCACCUGCGCCGCACGAUUCCCAAUACACAGGCAAUUCCUACGUGAAUCCUCCUUACAGCUAUCCUCCUUAUGCGGCGCCUCCUGGCCAAGCGCCUCAGGCCAACUCUCAAUGGCAGUAAGUCUCUCAUGCCGUGCGCAAGAAUUGUUCAGAAGGCAAAUGGACAGGAAAUUUUACACACUUUCGCAGUUGCGAAGAUACAUUAUCAUCUAAUUGGAUAGACAUGUUAUGUUUACCUUUACAAUUGAUCUGCUAAACAUCAAUUAGCUGACAAAGUGAAGGAAUAACGACUGAAGGACUUUUAAAAGCUUUUUUUUUUAUAUCGGCAGGUGCUGUGUUUUGUAUUAUAGCAAAGUUUUUAAAUAUGGGUUUUAUAGAUUUAGACAUAAAAUUUCUACUCGAAUUGUAAAUUAUAUAAUUUUUAGUGCAAAUAUUUACAAUCCUAAUACAAUUUUAUUGGGAAUUGAAGUUACAAGAUCGUGUUUCCUUUGCAGAAUGUACAAGAAAAGAUUAAUGUUUGCCUAUUUCAUCCUAAUGGAAUGACUAACCUAGACACUUCAGUGCGUACAAUUUCCUGUCCAUGAGCUCAGAAUUUACUGUAGUGUUGAACCUCAAUAAGAUGUCAAGAAUGAGGACACAUUAAAUCAUUUUGUAUGAAAAUUUAAUUAUAACUCAUAUCAUAUAUCAUACAUUCUAUAAAGUACAUUUUAACUUAUUCAGUGAUUUCCGAAGGUGUUACAAAAUAUGCAUAAUGUGUAAUUGGCAUAUACGGCAUAUACAUAAUAAUAGACUAUUUAAAAUACAAACAAACAAUUUGUAUCAUUGUACAUAGUUCAAUAGCGCGUAGCAAUUUUUAUUUAGAGGAAUCCUAUAAAUGUAAAGUAGCCUUCAAUUUGUCUGUAGAAUUGAAAAUAUGUGAGAAGUAUUUGGAGAAGAAACAAAGUAUUUGGAUGUGAGAGAGAGAAAGAGAAAGAGUAAAAAAAAUUGUGAUUGUUUCAGCAGGAA